AUGGAUGGAAAGGAUAAAUACGUUAAGAAGAGUGACAUAACAUCAGUUGGAGAAUUCAAGAGCAACCCAAUCACUAACAUUCUCAUUAAAAAAUACACCAAGGCAAACAAGGUCAAUUUCACAAGACUUUGCAAUGAUUUAUUUGAGUUUCUGAACUCAAAUGAUUUAGAUACGAAGUUGAGGUUCCUAUUCAAGUUAUACGACCAAGACAAUGAUGGAUUCAUAUCAGGAGUGGAACUAUAUGACAUGCUGAAGUUGCUUAAUAAGAAUAUGCUUGAGAAUUGGAAAAUACAAAAUAUCGUAGACAAAACAUUUGCAGAAAUAGGCGAAUAUACGACUACAAUGGAUUUUGAGCAGUUUAAAUCAGUAAUCAUCAGAAAAAACAACAACCUGUGUGAUCUGAUGGACUGCUUAUAA